AUGGCAUCAAAAAUUCCUUUAACCAAGCAACAAAAGUGGAGGGGCGGCGUCUGGGCCGUGGCCUUUGCCGCUGUCAUCAUGGUCGGAACACUGACCGGCGCCCAGCUCAAGUCGGACAAGCAAAAAGAAGAAGCAAUCCGGGAAUUUCGCGAGAUUACUCCCUCGGAGCAAAUUGCCAUGCUCGAGAGGCAGCGAUCUACCCUCGUAGAGCAGCAAACAGCUCUGCAGAGGAAGCUGGACGUGUUCAAGGAGCGCGCCCAGGAGAGGCAGCAAGAGAAAGAGAAUGCUAAGAAGGCCUAG